AUGUGAAGUAAACUAGCGCGACACACCACCAAAGCUUUGCUGAUUGCUCCCACAGGUCAAACACCAAACCAAGCAAUCCUACUGAAAAAGUUUCAGGGCAAAUGUAUAUAACUUUUUAGUGUAACGUAAAUCGCACUUUCAGUUUACGAUCCUUUUCAUUUUACAUCGAAUCAGGUCUGAUUUCAUUUCCCCUUCCAUCAAUUAGAUUCAAACAAUCCCUUCCAAUCUAUAUGCUUUCCUCUUGGUAAAGGGGGAAAUGGGUUGCUCCUUUUCUGGGUUGAAUGCUCUGUACGACGCUGUCAAUGGUGGCGGAGACAUUUGGAUAAACGAAAAUCGGUUUAGGAUCGUGAGGCAGCUCGGAGAAGGUGGCUUCGCCUUUGUGUUUUUGGUCAAAGAGGUUAUUUCCGACUCUUCUUCAGCCUCUGGUGGUGGUCUCGCCAAGAAAUUGAAGGACCCAUCUCGUCUUUCCGGUGAUGGAACUUAUGCUUUGAAAAAAGUUAUAAUUCAGAGCAGUGAACAAUUGGAGCUGGUGAGGGAGGAGAUACGUGUUUCGUCGCUUUUUAGUCAUCCCAAUCUACUUCCGCUUCUUGACCAUGCUAUAAUUGCAGUUAAGUCAUCUACUGACGGAUCUGUGAAACAUGAAGCAUACUUGUUAUUUCCAGUUCACUUGGAUGGAACAUUACUGGACAAUGCCCAGACAAUGAAGGCUAAGAAGGAAUUCUUUUCUACAUUGGAUGUUCUAGAGAUAUUUCAUCAGCUUUGUGCAGGGCUUAAGCAUAUGCACAGUAAUGAUCCUCCUUAUGCACACAAUGAUGUGAAACCUGGUAAUGUUCUUUUAACUCAUAGAAAAGGGAAGUCACCUCUCGCAAUAUUGAUGGAUUUUGGUAGUGCUCGACCAGCUAGAAAAGAAAUUCGUUCUCGCUCAGAGGCACUCCAGUUGCAGGAAUGGGCAUCUGAGCAUUGUUCUGCACCUUUUCGAGCACCGGAGUUGUGGGAUUGUCCAAGCCAUGCAGAUAUUGAUGAGAGAACUGAUAUUUGGUCAUUGGGAUGUACUUUGUAUGCAAUAAUGUAUGGGUUAUCUCCAUUUGAAUAUGCACUUGGAGAAUCUGGUGGAAGCCUUCAAUUAGCAAUAGUAAAUGCACAAAUCAAAUGGCCAGCAGGACCUAAUCCUCCAUAUCCUGAUGCUCUCCUCCAGUUUAUAAAAUGGAUGCUUCAGCCCCAGUCUGCAGUUCGACCUCGGAUCGACGAUAUCGUACUUCACGUUGACAAAUUGAUUGCAAAGUUUUCGAAUUAGAUAAACAGGGCAUGAGACAGAAGUUGAUAGCUGUACACAACUUUCAUGCCUCGAUCGUAAUAUGUCAGUUUAAGCAGGUACAAUUUGUUUGUUGAGAUUAUUUUUCUAUGUUGUCUAGGCGUAGCCGGAAUCGAUUGAAGUUCUUUUUCAUUUUGCCCAUAAAAAUUCUAGUUUGUAGAACAGUGGAUUCUAUACAUGGGUUGUGUACUUUCUGAAAUUGUUGAUUGUUUUAUAGAGAGGCCCAACAUUGCUUGCAAGGAUACAAUCAAUCCUUACCAUAUUUUACAUUUCACUAAA